GUUGUUAUCAGUUGUGUGGCGGCGUACUUUGAACUUUGCACUUUGCAAAGUAAAACUGCAUAUUGAAAGUAUUAAAAAAUUCAAUUAAUUUACAGCAGCAUCAGCAUGUCACUCUCAAGGCCGUUGUACUCGCUCUUUGGCAGCUAUUUGGAGCAGCUUUUCAAUCAUCCUGUGCGCACAAAAUGCGUAACGGCUUGCUUUUUGGCCACCACAGCGAAUGUCACCUCCCAGCGCAUUUCGGGCGCCAAGAAACUGAAUCAACACAGCGUCUUUGCUUAUGGUUUGUUUGGAUUAAUCUUUGGCGGCACUAUUCCACAUUAUUUUUAUCAGAUUGUGGAACGUUUGUUUAGUCAUGAUCUGCGCUUCAGAAAGUUCUUCUUGUUCCUGUCGGAGCGUUUAGCUUUUGCGCCACUUUAUCAGUUUUUGUCACUCUAUUUCCUCUCGCUGUUCGAGGGCAACUCUCACAGUGUUGCUAUCAAGAAUGUGGAGAAGCUUUACUGGCCCGUGCUGAGUGCCAAUUGGCGUUACCUGUCGCUGGCUGUAUAUCUGAAUAUUGCCUAUGUGCCGCCCAUGUUCCGCUCCAUUAGCUCCGGCAUUAUUGCCUUCAUCUGGGUGAUUUAUAUUGCCCAGAAACGUCGUCGUCAUCAGGAGAAACUGGCAGCCGAGAAGUCCAAAUAAGCACAUUCCCUUUUAUCUAUAUAUAUACAUUUAUAUAUAUAUAUUCUUAUGCAUAUGGCGUUAGUUUAACGAUGAGCUUGUUGAUAACGCUGGACUCUUAACUGUUUUAUCUGCCCCGGGGAUUCAAAGGUUUCCAACGAGGCCAAUAAUAUUAGUGUGUACGUGUGUGUGUAUAUGUUUGUGUUCAUUUAAGAUUAGCAUCUUAUCGCCUCAAAAACCUAUUUUUGUAUAUCCAUAAUAAAAAAAUAUGCAUUUGAAAUGGCAA